AUCAAAAAUAACAAUUUCACAAAUUUUAUAUUUAUACAUUUAUAUUUAGAAGAAAAUAUACAAGAAAAAAUAAAGAAAAUAAAAUAGUAUAUAGUUCAACCAAUUAUAACAAUGAAAAUAAUAUUAAAUCUCUUAAUAGUGGUGGUCAAGUUGUGUGCAAGUGAUAGUUCAGUUUACGAUUGGCAAGUGAGAACCAUAGAACGUGGUUCAGAUUUCGGUGAUGAUUUUAAAGUGCAAACGGCUUUAAAUAAUGAACGGCAACAAGAUCUUUUAAAAAUUUCGGGCAAAACAAAUAAUAUAGAUUAUUAUCCCAAUUCGUAUUACUCGCAAUUGAAUAAAAACAAUGACGCAAACAGUAAUAGAGCUGCUGGUGUUAAUGAUAAACAUGAGUUUGGUGAAAAAAUUAAUCAAAAUCCAUUUGGAGCAAAAAUUAAUAUGAAAUAUGAUGAUAACUCAAACAUCAAGUCUAUUUUUAGUCAAAUUAAAAAUUCUGCUAGUAAAUAUGAUACAAAAAACAAUGAAAAAUAUAAAUAUAAGAAUGAUGAAAAUGAUUAUAAUGAAGAUCACCUAAAAUAUGAUCAUGAGGACAAAGAAAAUGACAAAUACAGUGAUCAUCAACAUCACCGUGAGGAGUUAGAUGAAAAGAUAAAACAUUUAGAUCAUCAUGAUGUGGAUAAUAAUCGUUAUCAUGAUCUCAAACAUAUAGAACAUAAUCCAUAUAAAUCUGAUAAAGAUCCUGAUAAAUAUAAACAUCAGAAUAGACCGCCUGAUACUAAUUCCAAUAAUGAAGAGUUAGAGAAUAACAAUACUGAGAAAAUUUCAAAUAAUCACAUUCAAAAUUCUAAAGAAAAUGGGGAUUUUCCCUCAGUAAGCCACUGUUCCGGCAAGUAUAUAGAUAUAGAAAGUUUCGUGGGUACAAAUCUUUUCGAUAGUACAACCAAAAGAUGUUUCUCUAGCGAAGAGGUGGCUCUAUUGGCUACUCGUAAAGAUUUCGAAAGUCUCAUACCUAAAGAUUUACCACAAUGUCUACUCAACGAACAAAUGAUGGCAUUGUUACUGAAUUAUUUCUAUAUAUGCCAUCAAAUGAUCUUACGCAUGACAUCGAUGGGCUCCAAGCAUUUGGCGCAAAAGGCUUUUUAUGAUACUUUUGGAGGCUAUUUAAAUUUCUAUUUGGUGCCCGUCACCAAAUACUCUUACUAUGCUGGUCAAAUAAGCUUAAACACAGCGCAGCAAAUUUUAAAUUUACACCAGCAAUCUAAACAAUUACUAAAUACAAAUGGUAAUGGUUGGAAAGCACCACUGCAAAAUGUUCUUGUCGAAUUGAAAUCAAUACAUAUAGAACCUUUGCACAUUUUAGAGCUGGAUAAGGAGACUUGUGAUGAACCAUCAUUUUGUAUGCAACUCGUUAUGGCUGCCGAUGAAAAUCAAAUUGAUGACGAUAAAAUGAUAAUUCAGCUACCCAAAUUGGAAGCAGAGGAUGUUAAUGGUUAUUUGGGUAAUAUAUGGUUACCCUUCAAAGGCAAAAGAUCAUUUGAUCUUAAAUCGGAGAGUUCUGCCUAUAUAGUGGUUAAAUUUUAUGAAACUGUUACGAAAUGUUAUCGCUUUGAGAAUAUUGACCAGCAGUAUUACAAUCAUCAAUUCAAAACAUGGUUAUUGGAAUCAAUAAAUGUACAUUUAUCAGAUAAGCAAUUUUACCCGGGAUUGGGAGCCGUCUUAAGAAUUUAUGAAUAUUUGAAAAGACGCAAAAAAGAUACCAACUUAUUUGGUGAUGAUUUAGGCGAAAUGCAAAGUGAAGAUGCAAGUUUUAUCAAGUACCACGGUCGUCAAAUUAAUAACAGGAAGGUUCAUAACAUUAAGAAAACUGAACGUAGAAUUAAUAAUAGAAAAAAUCAUACCGAGGAAACCAACGUAAAACUUAGAGCAAGAAAUAAAACUAUGGAAAAUGAUUCUCAGAAACCAGAUCGUGUAAACAUUGAGAUAACAAAAAGUGUUAUUGAUCAACAACCCAAUGCAAUUACUUCGCAAGAAGAUAUUAAACUAGAAGCUGGCGAUCAUUUGGAUUUCACAAAUUCUAAAUCUUUACUACGUACUAUAGAUUUGACGCCACCACAAAUGGCAGUAAUAGCCAUACCAGUCAUGGCCAUUAUUUUGGUGGUAAUAAUAUGCUGUUGCAAGAGUUUUUGCAAGAAAAAGAAACCUGAAACACCACUCAAACCCAAAAAGAGUAAAUUUUUUAAUUAA